AUGAGUGCUAAAGAUAAAAGUGCAUCCGGAUUUGAAAUCCAACCAAAGAAUUCCAAUUCUAGCAACGAGUCUUUGGGAUUAGAACAUAUCACAUCUGCAAAUGGAGAUAUUAUUCCAGUGAAUAAUGGUUACAUUGACCAUGCGCUUGAGAGGAGAGUAUGCCGCAAACUAGAUUUUAGGAUUUUACCAUUAGCUGCAUUGAUGUAUCUUUUCAACGCACUAGAUAAAGGUAAUAUUAGUAACUCUAAGACAGAUGGAAUCGACAUAGAUUUGGGAAUAACUGGUGAUAGAUGGAAUUUGAUGCUUUCAAUUUUUUACAUUCCUUUUGUUUUAUUUGCAUUUCCUAUAUCGUUGAUAAUUAAAAAAUACAAUCCUGCUAGGGUUAUUCCCGUAUUGAUGUUUACAUUUGGAUCGGUUACUUUAUUGGCGGUAUCUGUGUUUGAUUUCGGAUCAUUGAUGGCGGCAAGAUGGUUUUUGGGAAUGGCAGAACUGGCGUUUUUCCCUGGUAUAAUAUACUACUUAACCAGGUUUUAUCGUCGUGGUGAAUUGGCUAGGAGGCUAUCAAUAUUCUACGCAGCAGCAAAUAUUGCUAAUGCAUUUUCUGGUUUACUUGCAUACGGUGUUUUUCAGAUUAAUAAUCCCCAUUUACAUGGAUGGCAGAUAUUGUUUUUAAUCGAAGGCAGUUGUACGGUGUGUAUUGCAGUUAUCGCAUAUAUCUAUUUGCCAAGAUCAGUAGAAGCUGCAAAGUUUUUUACUGAGGAAGAAAGAGCUUGUGCUGUUCACCGUAUCAUGACUGAUUCUUCUGCUGAAAUAGAGGAAAAGAUUUCUUUAAAAGAUGCGGUGAAAGUCUUCAAACACCCAGUAGCCGUUGCAUGGAUGUUUGUAGAAAUUUGCAUCGGGGUUCCAAUUAAUUCAAUCAAUAAUUGGUUUCCCCAAAUUAUUGGCGCCUUGGGCAAGUCUACGGUCGAAACGAAUUUGUUUACAGUAGCACCAAAUAUUUGGGGUGCUAUUUCGUUAAUAUUAAUCUCAUUCUCGUCUGAUUUUUUGAGAAUCAGAUCGUUAUUCAUUUGUAUUGCAGUGUUGUCUACCUUAAUCGGUUUUGCAGUUUUUGGGGCCAUAGACAUCCAGAAUAACUUACUGGCAGCCUAUUUUUCGUGUUUUUUGAUGACUACAGGUACCUCAGCAGCUUCGGUCCUUACCUCGACGUGGUACAAUAAUAAUACUCCUAACGAAAAUCGUCGUAUAGUUAUCAGUUCCGUGGGUGUUCCUCUAGCAAACGCGGCGGGAUUAAUUUCCACAAAUAUUUUUAGGCCAAAAGAUGCACCCAAAUACGUACCAGCACUAGGUAUCACUGCUGGAUUCGGUGGUUUGGCAAUCAUUCUAGUUUCUUCGAUAGUACUAUUCAUGAUAUUUGACAAUCGCAGAAGAAAUAAAUUGCAAGGUGUCAAUUUGACUUUUAGAGAUGUACCCACCUCUGAGCUUCGUGAUGGCCCCACGAACCCAAAUUAUAGAUGGAUGUACUAG